ACAAAGAGUCAGCGAUCAGAGAGAAGCAGCAGAAACAGUGUCAAGAAAGAUUUUUGAGACGGUCGUUUCUGAACAGACCGCAGAUCUGUGUCAUUUUUUGUGGUGAUUCAUUUUUUAAACCAUUGUUAAGUAAAGAAAAUCUUAAGUAAAGUUUAGAUCGAAACAGAGUGAGUGAGAAACUCAAACUCUUCUGUCUGGAGGACAAACAUCCGGUGUGUUCAGUGUGUAUUUAAUCAUAGAAAUACAUCAAUCACACAUUCAGUCCCAUCAGUGAAGCUGUUCCAUCAUAAAAGAGCAGAACAGAACCAAUGUAAAAUCAGAGCAGCAGAUGUUUCUGUUUAUCAAAUCACAAACCUGUGAGCAUAUCUUUCUGUCUCUAUACUGAAUCAACUGAAGUCCUGAAUUUACUCAGAAGUACACAUUAUAUUAGACCUAAAGAGAAACCUCUUGGUUAAAGGUGCUGAAGACAUAAUAACUCCCGACUGAGUCAAGACUGAUUUAUUCCUGAACUUUGUUCUUAAAUCUCUGUUGCAUCAAGAUGAAUCUCGAGGAAACGGAAAGAAACCCAACUGAUGUCACUUUAGAUAAAACAGCUAAGGAUUUGUUAUCAUUUUUUAACGGGUUUGAGCACUUACAUGAAGUUAAAAGAACGAUUGAAAAGAAAUUUGAUAUUAAAAAGGAGCAUAAACAUACAUGCUGGCCAGAAGAUGAUAUCAAACGAGCUUGGGAGGAAACAAAAAAGAUGGAUAUAAAACCAAGCAUAAGAAAAGACUGGGCUUACAUUAUAAUUUUGCAGGUGGUAAAUAGUUUUGUAUGUGAUACAUGUAAACAAAAUCCUAAUGAACGAGGUUGUAAAACGAGACCAAACCCAGAAGACAGAUCAUCUGAAAGCAAUGCUGAACCUGAGAGACAGGGACCUGCUGGAGGAGCUCAGCAGAGUUCUGGAGGACAUCACCAAACACCUAGUCAUCUUUUGCAAACAGUCAAUGAUUUCUUGCCUGAGACACAGGCCACUGGGAUUUGUUCUGGUGCUCCCUGUAGCCAGUCCUUCUACAUACGUAUCCCACUAUCAAAAUUAGCUGAAGAUGAACCAACAGAUAGUAAUGAAGUUCCAAAUGUCAGUUUUCCCUAUAGAUUAAUAGAUGGAUUUCCUUCAGGAAAUUCUGAUUUAAUAAGGAAAAGAAAAUCUUAUGUUAUGUCAUUUGACAAUAGCACCAAUAAUGCUCAAUGGGUGUAUGAGAUACUGAACAAGAAAACUGUAGAUAGCAACAAUUUGCAAGGAACCUUUGGACAUGGCUAUGACAGAGGACAUCUGGCUGCAGCUGCCAAUCACACGUGGUGUCAGGAAGCAUUUAAUGACACUUAUUUGCACAGUAACAUUAUACCACAGGAUCAUUCGUUAAACAUAGGGAAUUGGAAAAAACUGGAGAAAAGAUGUCGAAGUAUGUUAAAGAAUACUUUGAUCCGCAAUGUCCAUGUGUACACUGGACCUCUUUACCUACAACCUAUGAAUUUUCCAAAGUUGGGAGGAAAAGCAGUGCCAAGUCACCUCUUUAAGGUGAUAAUAGCGGAGAAUAAGGAUAGGACAGUAAGAGAGCCAGUAUGCUAUUUGAUGCCCAAUGAUGGAACUACUGGAGACUUGAAGAAAUACGAAAAACCCAUUGAAUAUAUUCAACGUAUCUCUGGACUCGUGUUCUUAGAACGCAGACCCAUUUUGAGAGAGACAGACACAAUAAUAAGAUUGAAUGAAGAAGAUCCGAAUCAAACACAACAACAUGCUGACAUAGAAGUCUGCAUAAGCGUUUAACUUAUACUGAUAAUAAGCUCAUUACUAAUAAUUAUGCUAUUGAUGGCCUGUGUCUGACACAUUGAAUUGUAUUUAAUCUUCCCUUAUGAGUGUCUUUGGAUGAACUGAUCAUCUGCAGAUGAAAAGAUUAAAAGUUUAAUUGACAAAGGCCUGUUUUCGAGGACUUCUGGUGGCGCGAGCUGCAAAAUGGUUGCACAGAACUAGGCUCCGGAGUAUUAACCUCCUAUUUUGAGAUACUUUUUUCAUACUUAGGAAAAUAUUGUCUCUUUUUGACAACUUGACACUUCUAAUAUGAGAAUGGCUACCAGCAAAAAAUCGAUGUCUCCCCAAAAGCAAAGGCCUCAAAACACUCGAUGUUGCCUCAAGUGUUAUCCACGCAAUCGAAGCACAGCAAGAGGCUAUCAACAAAUGGUUUCUUGUAUGUUGACAGAAGCAAUAAAGACGGCUCUUACUCCCUUCAAUGACUAUAUUAUUAAUGAAAACAGCUCUGUUCUUCGAUCACUGAAACAAGAAAUGGACUCCCUGAAUAAAAGUGUGGCAUCAAUUACAACGAAAGUUGACAAUCUUCGAGGCAGUUUUUACGCAAAUAAAAAAAAAAGACACAAACUUCUGCUUGACUCAACUUGAGCAGAUGCAAUGAAAA